GAGAUAUACAUCUGCUUUUAAUGUUGGGACAUAUCGUACUCGCGUUAUUGAGUGCCUCCUCGAUGAGAAUACGUACAUGCUGGGCCCAGAUUCUGUCCCUGCAUGAGUUGGAGCAAUGCGGCUUCUCAAAUUGCAAAAGCCGCAAUAAUGCGUGACCGGCGGAGAUGUUCGUCUUCCAUCUGGUUGGUGUGCCACUGAAGCUCCUCUAAUGCGGCUUCUCCUUCUUCACUGUUCUUGGGCGCCUUUAUGACAGCCAGCAAUUUAUCGUGGAGCAGCUGAAGGCCAUUGCGAACAUCGUCCUGCAAUGUAGGUUCUAUGAUCGGUUAGUAUGAUGUAAAAUUGUACAUUGUAGAAAGUAGAAAUUAACUGUCCCCUAUUCAACCAUUGCAAAUUUAUAACAAUGACGACGGCUAUAGGUGCUGUCUAUAUAAGACCUAGAGAGGAGAAGUGGACUGAAUAUCUUAUUACGUGCUCGGGAUAUCACGUGACUCAUAACGUCAUCUUCUAACCGUCGCGAUUUCGGAACCCAGGUACCUUGAUACGCCCACUUCUCUAACUCUGAACGUCAACAACUCUUUUUACUCUUCUGUUUCUGGCCAAUUGACUUCCCAAUUGACUUCAAAAUAGUACCGUAAUACCGUCAAGAUGUUUGCCCGAUCUGCAUUCCGCGCCGCUCAGCCUUUGAGGUCUGUUCGUCGAUAUGCCACCGAGGCUGGAGGUGCUGGUGGUUCCAAUGCCCUCCUCUACGCUGCUGGAGCUGCUGCCCUUGGUGGUGCUGGUUACUGGUACUUUGGCAAGAGCGGAGCUCCCGUUGCUGCCGCUGCUCAGGACGUGAAGCAGGCUGUUGGUGUCGAGCCCAAGGCGGCUUUCACCGGUGGUGAUCAGGGUUGGGUCUCCCUCAAGCUCUCUGACGUCGAGAUUGUCAACCACAACACCAAGCGUCUGCGGUUCGAGCUUCCUGAAGCUGACCAAGUCUCUGGUCUGCACGUUGCCAGUGCUCUUCUCACAAAGUACAAGGGCCCUAAUGACGAGAAGGCCACCCUACGACCCUACACCCCUAUCAGCGAUGAGACCGACAAGGGCUUCCUCGACUUGCUUAUCAAGAAAUACCCUAACGGCCCCAUGAGCACACACCUGCACGACAUGGCUCCUGGUCAGCGACUCGACCUCAAGGGCCCCCUGCCCAAGUACGCCUGGGAGGAGAACAAGCACGACCACAUCGCCCUCAUCGCUGGUGGCACCGGUAUUACUCCCAUGUACCAGCUCGCCCGCGCCAUCUUCAACAACCCCAAGGACAAGACCAAGGUCACUCUUGUAUUUGGCAACGUCAGCGAGCAAGACAUCCUCCUCAAGAAGCAAUUCGAGGAGCUCGAGAACACCUACCCUCAGCGCUUCCGAGCCUUCUACGUCCUCGACAACCCUCCCAAGGGCUGGGCUGGUGGCAGUGGCUUCAUCUCCAAGGACCUUCUCAAGACUGUUCUUCCUGAGCCCAAGAACGAGAACAUCAAGCUUUUCGUCUGCGGUCCUCCCGGUCUCAUGAACGCCAUCUCCGGGAACAAGGUCAGCCCUAAGAACCAGGGUGAGCUGACCGGUGCUCUCAAGGAGCUCGGCUACAAGGAGGACCAGGUUUACAAGUUCUGAACAAAGACAUGUGUGGAUGUAAUGAUAGAUUUGAAUGCCGGCGACGAAGAUUACUGUUAGUGUAAGAUUUCAGCUUAUAGAAGCGUUAGAUGACGAAUAUGCCAUCUUGAAUUGAUACCAGGUCAAUCUAUC